AUAUCUACAACAGUACUUUGAAUCUACACGCUACUUUUGAAAACUCCUGCGCUACACUUCGAACCGUCCGGAUAAAUAAAUUAACUGAUGUCCCGGCGGUUUGUGAGGAAGUUGGUCUUUAUUUCCGGAACUCUGUGCACGGUUUCACAUUCUGGCCGGACGGGUGUUCCGUGUGCGCUGAGAGACAGCUUCCGCUCAGAUCCGACCAGCGAGGCAGCGGCGGCAUGGCUUGGGAUCCACAAUCUGCUUCAGACGCUGAGGAUUCCGACCUGGAGCUUCAGGAUGCAUUUUCAAAAGGUUUACUCAAACCUGGGUUGAAUGUAGUGGAGGAAGCAGAGAAACAAUAUGUCAACGAUGUGGUGGGUUUGGAACAACGUUUGGAAGAAUUCAAGAAAAACAUGGAGUGGGUGGAGAGGCUUGACAUGACAAAUGGCCCAGCUGCUGACAUCAUAGCAUUGACGGAAGGGAAGUCGGUAGCACAGGAACGUUCAGAUAUCGAUCCAGAUGAUGACUUUCAACGUGAGAUGUAUUUUUAUCGCCAGGCACAGGCAACAGUUUUAGAUGCAUUGCCUCAGCUAAACCAACACAAAAUUACAACAAAAAGACCAGACGACUACUUUGCUGAGAUGGCCAAAUCAGAUCAGCAAAUGCAGAAGAUUCGAGAAAAAAUGUUAGCAAAGCAGAUCUCUAUGGAAAAGUCUGAAAAGGCUAAACAGCUUCGAGCAUUGCGAAAAUAUGGCAAAAAGGUUCAAGUAGAAGUUAUCCAGCAACGUCAGAAAGAAAAGAAAGCCAUGAUGACAGCAGUGAAAAAAUACCAAAAAGGACUCUCCGACAAACUGGAUUUCCUUGAGGGUGAUAAGGUUUCUUCAAAAACAAAGAAAGACGUUGGAAAGGGUCCAGUGGCUGGAAUUAAACAAAAGAAGCAAGGAAUAAAUGCAAAGAGGAAAUACAAAAAUGAGAAAUUUGGUUUUGGAGGAAAGAAGAGAGGCUUAAAGUGGAACACCAAAGACAGUCACGAUGAUGUCUCCAGCUUCAGAUCAAAAGUUGCUCAUUCCAAAAACAACAGUUUUGGCAAAGGAAGAAAGAAGAAUGCAAAUAAGCGCCCUGGCAAAAGGGCUAGACAGAAAAAGAAAAACCAGGCACGAUAAUGAAGUGAAAACAGAAGAAUAUUCUUAUCCUGUUUCUCCACAGUGUGGGGUGUAAUUAACUUUUUCAUGAGCGUACUGAACCUUGCCUCCAGAAGAAGAAGAAAAGUUUUUGAACAUUUAACUACAGCAUAUUUGGUUAGAACCAGUUUGGUUUGGAUGGUAUCAAAAUCUGGAAAAGUUGUCUUGUUAAAUAUUGGACGUGAAUAUUUUUAAAAAUCACUUAAAUAUAAUGGUUUCUCCUUACUACAAGAUUUAAGUACCUUUUAAUAUAACUUUCAAAAUUCAGAAUAUGAAAAUGCAGUGAUUUUAUUUGUGCUAACCACAGGACUGUUAAUGUAAAAUAAAUCUCAACAUCUCUUUUUUUCGA